AUAACACUUUUAUUUAAACACGAAGCUUUACAUGCAUCCCUCUCACGAAGUUAUUCUUUGUUUGCAUCUCUGUAACAACAUUCUCUCAAGAGUUUGUGGGAUCGGGGCAAAUUGAACUUGAACUCAAAAAUAGCUCAGGAAACAAAAUGGCGGUAGCGCGUUGUAUUCUUUAGUUGUGCCUGGUCCUGUCUAUUCUAGGUCAUGCUCAAAAUGGCGUCAUAUUUCAAAGAACAUUCUGGCGUCAACAGUUGCUUUAACGAUUUAAACACCCCGAAACAUCACGAAGGUCAAACUGUUUGUGACGUUUUAAUCGCUGCUAUGUUUAAACUGCACUUAUUUUCCAUUGCAACAUCACUUUCAAUAUUUUAAUAUGUUGCGAGGCAUUAGCGUUACACGAACGACGCACCUCUCUCUCUCUCUCUUUCUCUCGAUUUACACUAAAUAUUCCACAAUUUCUUGGAUUUUUUACAAUUCCUGUCAAAUAAAUACACACGACGGUUACGUUUUCAAGACAGUAACGUUAAAUCAAUUCCUUUCCUUAGACGUUGGCCACGCCGUCUGUUGUUGUUUGGGAACGGAGAAAGAAGAACAUUAGUGUCCCAAGUGCAUUUAUUGUAUAACAUGAAACACUGGAUAGGUCUGAAUUGCGCUUUUGUAUUUCCAACGUGCAACAAAUCCAAUCCCAAAAGUACGGUCAAUGGAUUUUAUGAGCUCUAAUCCAGAAAUAUUAAGGAUUUAGGCAGAUCCAUAAAAUCCAUACAAUUCCAAAGAAGGCUCGAAGAUUGGGUGGCUUGCCCAAGACAGACCCCGCUCCAUCUCGGUGCAAGUUUGAGAAUUUUCUGCCCGUCUGUGGGUCUGUAAUCGCUCUUUGUCAAACCUCUGUGGGCGUGUCAGGCGCAUGCGAAAUCCAGCCAUUGCGGUCCCUGUUUUGCCGCAUUCUGGCGCAUGCGCGCUUUAAACUCUACGCCUCGUGCUUUUUUAGACCAGUAGACAGUCGAACCCUUAUUUGAAAUAGGAACGUUGAACUGGUUGGUCACUAUCUGUGGCGUUUUAAACCAUAUCGAUUGCCACUAAUUGGUAAAACUAUACAAAGAUAUGUAGUGUUAAAUUAUGGAGUUGACUCUUGUUGUUAAAAGGCUGGACUCACAUUAAUAAUUAACACCCGACACGAGGCUUUUCUUUUUAAUAACUAAUCAUAUACAAGGUGCAGUUCUUACAUUUUCUGAAACUAAGACUACGGGCAAAACUAAUUCUCUCCCAGUACGUACGUUAUUAAGAAUUAGGACAAUGAUUAUCCCGAGAAAUCAUUAAUUUGACAAAAUAAUAUAAAAUGAUAAACUGCAGUUUACCAACCAAAAUAAGGCACCCAAGUACAUAUAACCUCUUGAUGUUUAUGUUUGGUUAAAUUACAAAUGUAAGUCGUGUAUCACUUGGCAAAACAAACGAGCAAGGAGCCAUCCCAUCCAAGAUAGCACUGCUGUCAACACGUUCACAUAUCAACCUUGGAGUCAUAAAUGUAUGUGGAAAGAGAUAGUUUGUGGUAAACCGCAUUGUACAACUCAUGUUUAAUUUUCGUUUAUAACGUUACACCGUUUCAACACACAGUGCUAGAACAAUUUAAACUGCAUUUAAGAGAAAGCGUGGCGUACUUAUAUCUCAUAUUACUCUUACCGCUUGAUCUGAACGGAGGGAUUGCAUCUAGGCUAAACAUUUGAACAAAUUAGAGGUGAUUCACAUAACAAUGCCCUGUCCAGUUUGAUGCAUGUGGUAUUCCAAAUGCUCCUCGCAUACGUUUCUUCUAAUGCGCGAUCUCGUCAUGAACCGGAGCGCGCUCCUCGACAGCAAGGUUCAGGCUAUCGUAGUCAACACAGCUUUCAAGUGCAAGCGGGUCCUAUCGUAGUAUCGAGUCAGAGGAACUACUCGUCGUUUUCGAGCUUUGAACAUCUCCAGUGUAACACACACACACACACAUUCAGUCGGAACGGAUUUAACUCAAUAAAAUCUUCUGUAUGAUCGGGGGACACCAAAACGCAGUAUGGUCCGGGAAACCAGACAUUUAUGGGUGGGGAAUUUACCAGAAAAUGUACGAGAGGAAAAAAUUAUCGAGCACUUCAAACGAUAUGGACGUGUGGAGAGUGUCAAGGUCCUGCCGAAACGUGGAUCGGAGGGUGGAGUGGCUGCCUUUGUGGAUUUUGUGGAUAUUAAGAGUGCUCAGAAAGCACAUAAUUCCAUCAACAAGAUGGGGGACAGGGACCUGCGCACCGAUUACAAUGAGCCAGGAACUAUCCCCAGUGCAGCUCGAGGCCUGGAUGAUAGCCUGUCCAUAGCCACUCGUGGGCGGGAUGUUUCAGGGUUCACAAGGGGGGCGGGGGGCCCGGUGUAUGGGCCCCCUGUGUCACUUCACAGCAGAGAGGGACGCUUUGAACGCAGACUAGACGGGGCUGCAGACGGUCGGGAGCGCUCUUACGAUCACAGUGCCUACGGACACCAUGAACGCAGCAACAACAGCAGUACUUUUGAUCGACAACGCCACUAUGAGACAGAUUAUUACAGAGACUCGAGGGACCGGGCCCUCAGUGGAACUAGUGGGAGUGCCAGUUCUGCCAGUGGCAGCAUUGGAGGGAGCUCCUCUGGGGCCAGCGCAGGCGGUGGCGGGACUGUUGCGGGGACUAGCGGCACAGGUGGAAACAGCAGCAGUGCUGUAGGAGUAGCAAGUGGAGCAUCAAUACCGGGAGCAAUGGUGUAUUAUAGUUCACGAAGUCCCAGUUGUUUUGAGACUACAGAGACUCGGUAUGAGCCCCGUGCCCGGGAAUCUUUCACUCUGGCCAGUGUGGUCCAUCGGGAUUUAUACAGGGAGGAAAGAGGAAGACGGGGAGAAAGGACAUACCACCACAGUCGUAGUCGAUCGCCGCACUCUUCGCAAUCACACAAUCUGUCACCGCAGAGGUUGGCGAGUCAAGCCAUGAGGCCGGCACAAUCCCGCAGUGCAUCGGGAUCCCGCAGUCGCUCCUCCAGCUCUGACUCGGUCAGCAGCACCAGCAGCAGCGGAAGUGACAGCAGUGAUUCGAGCAGCAGCUCCAGUGAUCAAUCCCCAGCUCGUUCUGUGCAGUCUGCAGCUGUUCCUGCUCCUGCUCAACCCUUACCUUCACUAGACAAAGACGAACCUCGUAAAAGCUUCGGCAUCAAAGUGCAAAAUCUUCCUGUGCGCUCAACAGAUACGAGUCUGAAGGAUGGUCUUUUCCAUGAAUUUAAGAAGCAUGGCAAAGUGACGUCAGUUCAGAUACACGGUGCCACUGAGGAACGAUAUGGAUUAGUGUUCUUUCGCCAGAAAGAGGACCAAGAGAAAGCCCUGGGCGCAUCUAAUGGGAAGCUAUUUUUUGGGAUGCAAAUUGAUGUCACUGGUUGGAAUGGCCCAGAAACAGAGAGUGAGAAUGAGUUUCGGCCUUUGGAUGAACGUAUAGACGAGUUUCACCCCAAAGCUACAAGGACAUUAUUCAUUGGAAAUUUGGAGAAAACGACAACCUAUCAUGACCUGCUUAACAUAUUUCAGCGUUUUGGAGAGAUUGUUGAUAUUGAUAUAAAAAAGGUAAAUGGCUCCCCCCAGUAUGCCUUUCUUCAGUAUUGUGACAUAGCAAGUGUCUGCAAAGCAAUCAAAAAAAUGGACGGUGAAUACCUGGGCAACAACAGGCUAAAGCUUGGAUUUGGUAAGAGUAUGCCUACUACAUGUGUAUGGUUGGAUGGCUUGGCGUCAAAUAUUACCGAACAGUAUCUCACAAGACAUUUUUGCCGUUAUGGACAUGUUAUAAAGGUUGUGUUUGACCGACUGAAGGGGAUGGCCCUCAUCUUAUACAAUAAUAUAGAGUAUGCGCAGGCUGCUGUCAAGGAAACAAAAGGUUGGAAAAUUGGAGGAAAUAAAAUAAAGGUUGAUUUUGCCAACCAGGAGAGCCAGAUGGCUUUCUACCGUUCAAUGCAGGCAUCUGGACAGGAUAUAAGAGAUUUCUAUGAAAUCAUUUCUGAACGACGAGAUGAGCGCCGGCCGCCAUAUCAUGAGUUGACAGCUGAGCGGGCAUACUACGAAAAUGUGCGUACCCCAGGGUCGUACACAGAGGACCCACGACGAAAAUAUUCUGGCAGAGGUCGAGAUUUUUAUUCGGAAUGGGACCCUUACCAGGGUGAUUACUAUGACCCACGAUACCAUGACGACCCCCGGGAAUACAGGGAUUAUCGAGACCCCUAUGAGCAGGAUAUUCGGAAAUACAGCUAUUUGCAAAGGGAGCGUGAAAGAGAGCGGUUUGAAACGGAUCGUGAACGAGACCAUGGUCGUCGAACAAUUGAACAAAAUCAAAGCCCAUCCCAUCCACGUCGGCCUGCCAGCCCUGCUGCCUCCCUGUCCCUUUCAGAACGUCCACCUAGUGAAUCUGAGCAUCUUGUUUACAGUCGCUCAUCUGAGCAAAGUGGCAGCUGCAGCUCACUUUCUCCACCGCGCUUUGAAAAACCAGACAAAAUUCGCUUGGAGAGACACAAUAUAAGUGAUAAAUCCGAGAAAGACAAAUUACUGUUUGAGGAAGAGCGUGGAAACGGUGGAGAAAAAGAACGGCGUGCUGGACGUAAAGAGAAAGGGGACAGAACUGAGAAGCAGAAAUUAAGGAAAUUAAAACUUGCAUCUCCCUCUGUUCCGUCGUCGGAGACAGACUUUGAACUUGAAAAUAGCCCAGAAACUAGCUUAACUUUGCGAGGUAAAGCCAAUAAAUCUUUAGUUAAAGAGAGAGACUAUUCUGGAAAAGGAAAACUUGAUCUGCCACCUUGUGUUGUCCAACUGACAAGAGUGAAGGAGAAAGAAGGAAAAUUAAUUGAGAAUGCUCUUAGUGAGAAACAAAAAACAAAGAUGAGCGAUCCUGUGCGUUCUCCAACCACACCCCCCUUGGUUGAUCACAAGACCAUGCCUUUCCGCCUAGAGACUCAAGCUAAAGAUUUCUUUAAGCAUGGAAAACCUUUCAAGGAGAAAAGCUUAGCUAGUCAGAUAGAGGUUGUUGACAAAGAAAGCAAGGUGAAAAAUAAGAAGUACUGUAAAACUGAUUCAGGAUUUGAUACCAGUUCUUCUGUAGAUGCUGACCGUUUGGCUGCACGUAAGAGGCGUUUUGAGGAAUCAUCUGGAAAAGCUGAUCAUUUAAGAAGGAUAAGUCAGGAGGAAGAUGAAGUGAAAUUAAGAAGAAUCAUUGAUGAUCAUUUGCCAAAAGACAUUGAUUAUGAUAAAAAGUUGAUAAGAAAAGAAACUCACAAGAGAGAGCAAAAAGUUAAGCCAGAGAGGAUGGUCACUGUUAGUACUAGAAAGGAAGAACUGGACACUAAUAUAUCAAUAGGCAUCAGUCUAGAUCUUCAAUCUCGUCUUGGGGAACCAACUGAGGAAGCAAUCGAUCCCUUAGACAGUCUUGAUCAAAAGAUGGGAACUUUUGGAGAUAAUAGUCAACCAAUUUUAGGCCUUGCAGACUCUGAUGAUGGGAGUUUAGAUAUGGAGUCUUCAAGAGACCAAGCACCACAGCUCUUAACUAACUAUGAGUUGCUGUCCACUAGCCUAGAAAGCGAUUCAGAAAAUAAGGAAAGGUUGCUCUCCGAUAUUGAUCACUCACAGAGCUGCAGAAAACAAAUGGAGGAAAAAAACAGUCGCUUGCAGCAACUUCUAGAAUGUGAUAAGUCUAAUAAAACCGAAAGUACACCCAGCACUGAUGCAGAGGACUUUGAACGGCAAAGUAUUGUACAUGAAGUAGGAAAACAACCCCUAGAUGUUACUGCUGAUUUACCGCCAAGUAAGCGGAAGAAGUUGGGAGCAUUUCAGUUUGAUGUUGACUCUAAAAGAGAGCGCAUUUAUCAGAGGUUUAGACAAACAAAUGAUGAAUCUGAUAGGAGACUUGCUGUUCUUCCAGGGACACCUUUUGCAGAGGAGGAGAGAAAUGCAUCACAGUUAGUGGCAGCUGAGGAGCCACAUUCACCAGUGCCAGUGGAGAAGGAAUGCCUUGACUUUGUUGUAUCUAAAUACAAUAUUGAUAACUCGGUGCAUCAAGUACCUGCAGAGAUUUUAAAAGUUAAAGCAUCAAUGUCUGAUGAGUGUUGUUGGGAAAGGCAGGGGACAUUAAGUGGAGGAAUGGGCUUCCCCACAAGCAUUGUUAAACGUGAAAGUAUACGAAAACGUCCUGAACAUGAAAUGGAACCUGGAGAGGUUCAGACAGACUCUGAUGAUGAUUGUGACAGCAGGCAACUUUUACUGAAGCCAAACUCCUUCAAAAGAGAGCAUGAGGAGAGGCUAUCAGAUUUAAAGUCCUUUGAAACUCUUGAAAAGAACAAGUUCUAUGAAUUUGCAUUAGAUAAGACUAUUACACCAGACACCAAAGCAUUACUUGAGCGUGCCAAAUCUCUGUCUUCAUCUAGAGAAGAAAAUUGGUCUUUCCUUGGUCAUGAUUCAAAAUUCAAAAACUUUCGGAAUAGCACAGACAAGGAGAAGUCUGAACCCACCCCAAGACCCAUUCCUUCUUGGUACUUGAAAAAAAAGAAAAUCCGUUCUGAUUCUGAGGGAAUGGUUGAAUGUAAAAAGGAAGAUGCCAAACCUGAUGAACAAGAACGACAAGAGCUUUUUGCUUCUCGCUUCCUUCAUAGCUCUAUCUUUGAGCAGGACUCAAAGCGACUUCAACACCUUGAUCGCAAAAAGAAUGAUCCUGAAGUUAGAGUCGGAAAAGAUAAUAAUACAUGUGAUCCCCAGGUGGAACAAGCUGGAAUAGGGGGAUCAGACCUUUCUCAGGAGCCAAAAGUACUUUUUCACAGUCGGUUUUUAGAACUUCAACAGCAAAGGGAUAAGAAACAACAGCUAAUUAUUUCAGGAAGAGCCAGUGAACCCGAUCAGAUGGAGGAAGAGAAGAUAUUGGAGGUAGAGCUUGGGCCAUCCAAUUUAUCAGACAUUUCCAAAGAGGUAUCAGUAAGUCCUAUUCCAUCAAGAACAUCGCCUGUGUCUUUCUCCAAAGACACAGAGUCUUCUGUGCAGUUUGAUAAGUCACUUAUACCCUCUUCAUUAACAGACAUUGGAAAACUAGCAGAAUUAGAUGAGAAGUCAGAAGACACUUUAUUAGUUUCGUCCCUAUUAAUAAGCCAAAACGAAGAGAACAAAGCUGAUACAGUAAAUUUCACACCCCCUGAAAUCAUGAUAAAUCAAGACGUAACAGUAGAAGAACCUCAUGAGAAGCUAGAUGGAACAAGUAGAACUGGCACUUUAACUAUGCAACAGGACUUGGACAUUAAACCUCCUACUCCCGGUGCAUCUUUAAGUAAUAUUGAUCCAGAAUGUGAUCCUCCACAGGCAUAUCCUGUGUUGAAUCCAAAGCCUAGCCAAACUCAAGAGACUGUGGAGCUAUCAGAAACAAAAACAGAACCUGUUAGUGAUUCUGUGCACCCGGUUAUUUCCCCACUUGAGAUGGAAUUGCCAGUUAUUGAGCCGGAGUUUGACCAGACACCAAGAAGACAACCAAAGAAUAAAAAGGCAAAGAAUGUCUCCCCAGCCCAAACACCAAUAAUUGGUAAUGAGAAGCCAGCCACACGGAAAAGUGAACGCAUAGACAGAGAAAAGCUGAAAAGAUCUUCAUCGCCUAGAGGAGACUCCAUAAAACCAAUUAUAGAACCAAGAAAAUCUGCAAAAUCUCCUGCUUCAGAUGUGGAACAGAGCAAUGACUCAAACAUGAACCAUGGAAGAACGCGGCAGCGUCGGAAUGUGCGAUCAGUUUAUGCAACACCCCAUGAAGAUGAAGCUCUUCAGCAACCUGGAAAAGAGACAACAGAAUCGUUUCGGUCUACUCGUAAACGUGUUAGUGAUAAGGAUGCUGCAACACAACAUAUGCCAAGCACAUCUGUUACUUCAAGAAGAGGUCGCCCACCCAAAACUCGUAAAAGAAGUGAUGAUUUGUCACCAGUUACAGCAGAACAGACCAAAAUAUCUGAGGGUGAAGACACUGAAAAUAAAGAAUCAGCAAAUAUUGGUGAUGUCUCUAAAACACCAGAGGGAUGGCGUUCCCCACGAUCUCAAAAGAUGCAUUCCUCACCUGUAAGAGCAGGACAGUGCAGAAAAACAUCUAAAUUAGACAAAAUGUCUGGUAGUCCAGGUUCCAUUCAGUUGGAUAAAGCAGAUGUUGAUAUGCCUGCUUCCCUAGAGCAUCAAGAUGAACCUACAGAUGAAAUUUCAUUGCACGUUGAACAAUUGUCACAAGACACCAAACACACCACUAAAAGAGAAAAAGAACUUCCAUAUGUUCCUGAGGAAAAGUCUAAAGAGAAUAAUACAGAAAUCAUUCCUAUAGAUACAAUUCAGACUUUAGAAAACAACGGAAAAGUCAAGACAUCAAGAUCGACACGGAACACCAAAAUUACAGCUGAUGAUAAACCAGUCAACUUUGUGGAAGCAGCUAAAGAUGCACUUCACUCAGGUGUAGAGGAAACUGCUGGUUUUGAUUCUUCAAACAAGUCCGAGGCACCACAGUUAGAAAAAGAGGAAGCAAAUAUCCCAAUUUACCACAAAGAGGAAAAUGGUCAUGAUCCUGAUAACAAAGAUGCGUCUCUAUCAGAAAUGGAACCUCCUGCUGAUCCUGUGGCUGCCCUGCUUGCCCGUCAAAUGGAACUGGAAAGGGCUGUGGAGAACAUUUCCAGACUUACAGAUGACCAACAUCCAGUACCUUACAAAGUACCACUAACUGAACCCCCUACCCUAAUACCACCUGUUGUAGUACAGCCAGCAGAAGAAACUGAAGUGGAAAAGCCUGCCAAUCCAGCAAGUGAAACUGAACUGGCUGCUGCAAUUGAUUCCAUUACUGCUGAGGAUAUAUCAGGGGAUGCAGAUGGAUUUUCUGCUCCAACAACAUACACAGCCCUACUUCCCACACCAGACACGUUAGUUGUGCCCGUAGCAAAUGAGAUUAAUGAAUCUGAGACAGACUUGACUGUAAAGAAUAUUAUGCCGCCUGAAUCAGAAAGCAGUUCAGUUCCACAAUCCAAGUCCUCAGAAACAAAUACCACUGAAAAUACAUUCACACGAUCUCCAUUAUCAGAAGCAACCAAAAAAGGAGGACGAGCCCGGCCAAGAACACCAAAAAAAUCUAGAGGUCGAAAGGUUUCUUACAACAGAAAAUUAGACAUGAUCCAGGAUACACUGUUGGAACCUGAAUCAACUACGGUCAAACUUCCAGAGUCCAUCCCAGAAGAGAUUCAGACUGCCACCCCUAAGGCUGCAACAUCAGCAGCUGCAGCAGCUGUAGUUACUGUUGCUGCUGCAUGUAAACAUGAGGUUACAUCUACAGUCAUUUUGGACACACCAAAAGAAGCAGAGCAACCUGCUGUUGACCAGCCUGAACCACAAGAAUCUGCCUUUCAUUCUAGCAAUAACAGUCCUUCUUAUCUAAGAACACAGCAUUCAUCUCCUGAUCCCAUAUCACCUAGCCUUACAUCACCAACCACUCGCCUGAGUUCACCUGCAUGCUCUGCAAAGACUCCUCUCACACCACCUGAGUGGAACACCAGAACAGAGGAAAAAGGAAUGCCACCUAAAAUACAAGUUAGUGGGGCGUUGUCUACAUCAGGACUGGGGGCACCCCCAGCAAAUCCUCCCAUGCCUCCUGACACAAAAGCUUCUGAUAUUGACUCUAGCUCCAGUACUCUGCGAAAAAUUCUGAUGGAGCCAAAGUAUGUAUCUGCUUCAAACAGCAAUGCAGUCCCAACCAUGCAGUUCACAAAAGCAUUAGCAGAUCCACGCAUGUCUGAUAAUGAAAAUUCAGUUGAGACUGUGUUGCCUUUGAAGUCCUCUCUACAUGAUAGACCUAAACCCAUAACCCAACUUGUACCCCGUACAGCACCUCCACAGCCACCUUCUUUGCAAUGUGAGGCUCAACAGAUCUUAAAGGAAAAACUGGCUAUGACUUCUUCUUCUACUUCAGUCAUUAGUCGGAUCCCAAUGCCCUUUGAUUUUGAGGACACUCCUCGGAUCUCUUUGAGCAACCGUAGCCCUGGGAUAUCCUUGCCUAAGCAAAAGUAUCGUUCAUGCUUAAAUGAGAAUAACAGGUAUCAUGGACUCAACCUAUCUGAUGAUGGAGGAAAUGUUGGAAGGCAGACCGCUGAAAGCACACAUUGUAACACAGGGUCAGGUAGUGGUUUGAGGGUAAAUACAUCAGAGGGUGUGGUUGUAUUGAGUUAUUCUGGACAAAAGACUGAGGGACCACAGCGUAUCAUUGCCAAAAUUAGUCAGAUCCCACCAGCCAGUGCAGUUGAUAUUGAGUUUCAGCAGUCUGUGUCAAAAUCUCAGCUGAAACAAGAAGUAAUAUCUCAACCCUCUACUCCAAAAGGAUCACAGACACCUACAGGUUAUGGACACACAGGGGUGGUAUUAACUAGCCAGGGAUACAACGCUCAACCUGUUAUUUCCUCCAAUAAUCAGGAAUGUACUAGCGUUGAAAAAUCUGAACACCCCUACCGCACUGGUCAGCAAGGAAGCUCUGUAAAAGCUUUCCAGCAAUCCACUGGCAAUUCUCAACUUCUGAGGUAUACCCAGUCAAUUGCACAGCAGCAGCAUAUGAAGAAAAAUGGAGCAGCGGAGUCUGUUUCAUUGAAGACCCUUAAUGUAAACCCAGUUUUAAGCCCAAUCCACCCCUCGUUAUCAGGCAAUCAUAUCUCAAGUCCAGGCGCUUCACAUGAACGCAUGGUCACACAGCACAAGCAGGACUCACACUCUCCAAGGGCAUCAGGCCAUUCAAGCUUUCCCAAAGUUUGCCCUCCUAGCAGCUCGGUUGUUUUGGGAUCAGGCGGCCCUAUACCUCAGUAUGUCUCAAGUAUACACCAUCCUGAGCAAUCAGUUAUAAUGUCCCCUCACAGUGUCACCAAGUCUGUGCCUAUAGGUCAUUUGUCUCAAGGAGAUGUCAGAGUCAAUAAUCCAUUAUCUGCAAUAGGUUAUGGUAUUCGUUCAGAAGGCCUCUUAUCACCACGGUCUGGACCUCAGCAACGGUCCACUACUCCCCAGCCUGCAGUGACCAGAGAUGCGGUACUGAAGUCGCAUGUUAGUUCAUCCGCUGGUGGCCAGAUUGGCGAAACAAGCAAUGAUGAUGUGCAGAAUCUUCCACAAGGACUUCGCAGAGCUUCUGCACCCCAGAUACAGCCAGAAAGUGUUGUAAUUCAGCCAGAAUACAAAGGCCUGCAUCACAGGGCCUUGCGCUUGGAACAGUACAGCAGAGAUGUCCGGCUACUUGUCCACCAACAUUUGGCUGACCAUCCAGGAGUUGUUGAAAGUCGCCAAACUCGAACACCAGAGGCAAUGCAGUCUACACACAUAUCGUCUGCUUCUAAAUCCUCUCCAGUUGUAAAGAGUGCUCCACCAAUUGUGAGGGAUGUAGCAAAAGCAAUGGAGAUGAAGAUGUCGCCCUCCCCUCACACAGAGAGCAGAAUAAUAGGACACCCAACAGGCUCUGUGAUGGUAUCCCCUCAAGGGGUACAGUUGAUUCAUCCUGGAAAUGCAAACCCCAUUUCUGAAUACUACAGAGACAUCCGCGGCUUUCACGGUCAAUAUCAAAGUCAUUCAGUAAUUGGGAUUAAUCGUGGAAUGGCUUCAUCUCAGGUAUCACAAGAAGUCGAUCAUGGUCAGAGACAUAAGGUAUCUGCGGUGUCCUCCAUUGCAUCAGUGGGAGGUUUUGGUGAACCAAAGCAUGAUAGUUCACACAUUAGACAGCCGAGCUCAAUGGAUUUGUCUCAACUUUCAAGAGUCCAAGGAGAUGCUCAGUCCCCCUCUUAUACUUCUCCAGUCACUAUAACUCCCAAAACGGAGUUUCCCAUCUCUGUACCAAAAGGACAUAUUUCUAACCAGAUGGCACCUCCACCCUCAGCUUCCUCACACAUUCGAUCAGACACAGGACGGUCUGUUGAUAUGGUGCACUUGUUAACGAAGUACCCUAUUAUUUGGCAAGGUCACCUGGCACUUAAGAAUGAUUCUGCUGCCGUACAGCUGCACUUUGUGUCUGGUAACAAUGUCCUGGCUCAACGCUCACUGCCAUCAACAGAAGGUGGUCCCUUUCUUCGCAUUGCCCAGAGAAUGCGGUUAGAGGCCUCACAACUUGAAGGGGUUGCUAGGCGAAUGACUGUGGAAAGUGAGUACUGCCUUCUGUUGGCAUUGCCUUGUGGAUUGGACCAAGAGGAUGUCCACAACCAGACCCAUGCUCUCAAAACAGGUUUUAUCACCUACCUGCAAGCAAAACAAGCUGCUGGAAUCAUCAAUGUUCCCAACCCAGGCUCAAAUCAGGCAACCUAUGUUGUCCAGAUUUUCCCUCCUUGUGACUUUUCCGAGAGCCACUUGUCUCAUCUUGCUCCGGACCUUCUCAAUAGCAUCUCCAGUAUCUCUCCCCAUCUUAUGAUUGUUAUAGCUUCUGUAUAAGAGGAAGUUUGCAGCUUCUCACAAAAACAGUAUGCCAACACCAGCCUUUGGAACUUGCCAGUUUUUUUUACUCUGGAGAGCACCUUAAUGUUACUCAUGUUUAUUCCAUUUUGGCCAUUUACUCUGUUUUUGUUUGUUCACUAGCUUUUUAAUCCAUUGUAACAUUGAUGCAUGCAUUUCCACUGUGUAUCAUCUUGAGUUACACAGGGUUAAUGGAGCUACUUAAAACGAUCAAUUCUCUGAUCAUUUAUUUAAUUUUUUUCUUCUUUUGGAGAUUUGUAUAUGGUUUUAAAAUGGUGAAUUGGGAAUUAUUGGGAAAUGGGGGUACGUUUUCUUUUUUAAGUGAUGUGGUAGUGAUUUAUUUUUAAACAAUCAAGAUUUGUCAUUGCACAAUGUUAUGAAAAUCAAAAAAAUGAAAAAUAAGUUUGUAAAAAUUUGGUUAUUGAAAUUGUAUCUUUACAUUACUUCAUGGACAUGCUUCAUUCACCAGCCAUUUUGUGGUAGAAACUAAAAUUGUUAUUUUGUCAAAGCAUUUCCUGGAAUUCCUUUGACAAAUUUUAUAAAAAAAAUGAUGUAAUAUAAAGCAGCUAUUGUUCAAUCGUAAUGUCACUUCCAUGUCAUUUCUAGAAAUGGCUCUCGAUGUAACCCUUGUUCUUUCCCAAAGGGACAAAAUAUGGGAGUAUUGCGAUUUGUACAGUUUACACUUGAUGCCUCAACAGGGGAUUGUAUGUAUACUUUUUCGCUUUCCUCUUAAUACUUUCAAAGUGAAACCGAGCAAAGGCGUGAAUGUAAAUAUGUAUAUUUAAAGACUUUCAAAGCAGUCAAUAGACACUGCAGAUCACAAGCAUAACAAGAUUGACAACCUAUUGCCAUCAACCAUGAAAAUGAAUUGUCAUACCGCUUGAGUAUCUUUUUUUAAUCAAUCCUGUGCCAUAAUCUUUUUAAAUGGAUAAACUAAAUGAAUUGGGAUUCAUCAAUCUUUAUUUUGAUACUUGACUUUGUAUUUGUCACUUGAUCUGUGAGGUCUGCUUUUUUUAAAUCUGUAAUUGCCUUUUUUUUAUACUUUUUGUCCCCUAUCUCUAUUUCUAUCUUUUUUUUAUUGUCAUGUUAGAAAUGUUUGGGUCUUAACUAAUGAUACUUUCCUUCGGAUCCUUAACAGUGUAUCAUUUUCACUCUUUCUCUUUUUGUUUUUUAAACAUACCUCUCUGAAUGUCCAACAAGAACAGUGCAAUGCAAGUGAUUAAAAACUUUGUAAAAAGGAAAGCUAAGAUAAACUAUGUACAAAUCUGUCAGGAGAAAUGGUAGAGACUUGAUUUUGGUCUCUUUGAGCCACGCUGUAUAUAAUCAUUUUCUUUUUGUGUUGUUUUGUCUCUGUUUUUGUCUUUUAUGUCAGGGUCAUCGUUUUGCAAGACAAAACAAAAAUAUGUAAAGAAACCGAUGCAGAAAGUAUAACCAUGAGUCUUAGUUUUGCAGUUUCUUUGGGUUGACAACAAUUCUGUCAUGGUAAUUUUGAAGGCACUUACCCUUUUUGAUAUACAAAAUUUAAGAUAUAAGAAUACCAAAAGAAAACUCCAACGAAAACAGCUGGUCUUAAACUUUUGUCCGUGUUUUACGUUAUUUCAUCAUUUUGAGUGCAUUUUGCUGUUCCUCUAUGAGGACAUUUUAAGAUGUAAAAUAAAUUCUGUUGGUUAACACUUCUGCAGAUCAUUAAAUGGUCAUUCGCUAUC